UCCAGAAGACGGACCUCCGUAUGAUAAUGGAAAUAGUCGCCCCAAGGAUUGAGAUCAGAUCAGCUGUUUUUGCCUCGUCAGGCUCUUCCGUCAGCUUCGAGUCGAGUUCCAGAAGCGGAAGGUAUCUUAUCGAUCUAGAAGGUGCGUUACCUAAGGCCGAAAAGUUGGCCCUCGCUUUCAGCGGCCCUGGAGGAGCAGGAGAGCUUGUUGUGAAGAUUACUCCUGGACGGAUGCUGCGGAAAAGGGGGUGGGAGAGAAUCGAGGUCAAGACAUGGAUUACCAAAAGUGAAAAUCAGGAUCUGGGUUACACCGCUUAUCAACUUCUAAAGGAAGCUCCUAGUGGAGGGAACAAGCAUUUCAUUAUCAUCUUCAGCAAUUUUGAUACAGCCAACUUCAUGUCGUUUAUUCCAGACGAUACUCCCCUGGGCAACUUAACGUUACCUGGCACUCAUCAAUCUUGCGCUUUGUAUGGCUUCCCUAUUUCACAAUGCCAGCAACCUAGUACACCAAUAGAGCAACAGCUGCUGGAUGGCGUACGUUUUCUGGAUGUUCGACUCCGGGUAGUCGACGAUCAGCUUUUGAUGUAUCAUGGUCCUCGCUCCCAACAAUCUUCCCUUCCCGUACUUUUAGAUGCUCUCCAAUCCUUCCUCUCCUCUCAUCUUACUGAGACCAUCAUCCUCUGUCUCAAGGAAGAGUCUCCUCCAUUUCAUCCAUCCUUUUCAGCUCUGGUAUACGCCGCUUUCGAAAACCGUCUAGAGAAAUUUUGGUUUCUAGAAGAGCGAAUACCCAAGCUUGGUGAAGUCAGAGGAAAAGGGAUGUUGAUGACGAGGUUCAAUCGGGAUAAAGAUACUGAAAAUCAAUGGCCUAAUGGGAUGGGUAUCCACCCUAGUAGAUGGCCGGAUUCGAGGAUUGGAGGAUUUGAUUGGAAUUGCGGGGAGACACAGGUCAGAACACAAGACUGGUACCGUGUCAAGACUUUUCUUCAAAUCCCACAAAAAUUUCAAGUAAUUGUCAGGUAUCUUGAGCCGACACUUCAGCCUUCCCCCGCAUAUAGCCCACCAUUCACCCUUUGCUACACUACAGCCUCUUAUUUUCCCCUGUCGCUGCCCACAAUCAUUGCUAAAGGUUUCGGUUGGCCUAAUUGGGGCCUAGGGAUUGAAGGUAUCAACGCUCGUAUGUGUAGAGUUCUACUUGAGUGGAUGGCAGAAGGUAAAAGGGUAAGAGGAUGUGUACCUAUGGACUUUUACAGACAGUGUGCUGGAAAGGAAGGCUUAGCAGCGCUGCUAGUUCAAAUGAAUUCUAUGGAAUGGUAGGUUACACGUAUAAUGU